UUACAAGAUGUCAAAAGGCAUGGCAUCUGUACCUGUUGCACUGUCUCUAUUUGAUUAGUUUUGAUUGUACGGAAGGGAAAGUUUUUCAUUUAAGUUAUGACUUCUAUUUUGAUUGUAUUGCAUGUUUUAAUUGGAUGUGGAUUCAUUUCGCUAAUAGAGGGUCGCUGCAUGCCGGUUGACGGGGAACAUCGAUACGGUGAGGACUGCUCGCUCACUUGUCACUGUGUGAACGGUGCCCCCUGUAGGAGAGACUCGGGGGAGUGUAGAGCCGGCUGCUCCCCUGGUUGGACCGGCAAGGACUGUCAGAUCAAAGAGGAGCAACGCAUCACUAAUGUGAUAAGCGACAAUGGCGAAGAAGGCGAGGCCACAGAAGACAGUAUUGCCGAUGAUGGUGAAGAGGCAUCAAAAGUGGAGGAAUCUUCCUUGGCACUGGACGUGCCACUGAUGGCUGGCAUCGCCUCCACAGUGUUUGUGGUCCUCAUCAUCAUUUGCGUGGUCGUCAAACACUGCAAUAGUCGCAGCUACAUACCUCGUAUGCCCAUGAAUGCCUGGGAUGAAAGUGACACGUGUAGUGAACCUAUAUCAAAUGACGUCUCUGACACCAGCGAUGUUCGUCUAAGCACUAUUCUUGAGCCGACUGGGUACAAACUUCAAGACAACGAUUUCAACCAGCAAAGCAUAACUCGUCGUUCAUCACUUGUGAACCGGAUGCCGUUUGAAACUAUUGGGCAGUCCUCGAUGCAAGAACCAAAUGGCAGUGCGAGGUAUGGUUCUGAAUCGGGGCGUGUUCGUGACGGGAGGCAAACUCCAUAUUUCGACAAUCGCAGUGGUACAGAAGUUGCAAUGGACAGGUCAGAGCCAACAUAUUUUCGCGAUGAAUAUGGCCAAUCAAUUAAAACUCGCCCAUACUCAAUCGCCGUACCACAGGGAUUUGAUCCUUUUCAACGACAUGAAGUGCCUUCGCGCCGGUCUGAGCGUGGCGAAUAUCGUCCGUUGUCCUACACACAAGAUGUUAGCAAUUACAGGACCUUAAAGCCUUUGGAAUCACUGCAUAUUUCAAACCCCGGUCCAGUUAACAAGUACGGCAACAGCGAUGAUAUAGGACGGAAGAAAUAUCCAGCACCAGUUCAACAGGAAUACAGACUCGAAGAUGGAGCAUACUGUACGUCUAACUUUGCAAACAAUAAACAACCCUUGAAGCCGCCCCAAAAUGGACAUGACUCUCAUGAGCCAAGGCUUAUUUUUAAUCAGGUUCAUUUCGAUGACAAUGUUGAUGCAAUCUCACUUCAUUCGCAUAACCCUAAUUUGCCAACAUAUUACGGAAGCCAAGAAAAUCUGUUUGGCAAGCGCGAGAACCCUUCCACCAUACAAGCCAAUCGGAAUGGACGAAGCCGGUUAAAUGGAAAACAGAUUUCAGCUUCCCCUUCACCACAAAGAAAACAAAAAGUGCUUGCCCGCGACAUGUACAAACACAAUCAUUAUAGACCUGCUUCUGCCGAGCCGAUCUCUUCAGUCAGCUCCCCUAAUACGACGAGACGUGUCAGUAGGGACAUGGACGAACUCAGAAUGAAAACACACGAACUUGUCCUUCGAAAAAAGGAUAUCCAGAAACAACGUAUGAAAAAUCUAAAGAGGCGGCCUAGAAGCGCAGACGCCUACGAUCAUGAUAUGGAAUCUGAAAGUGAAUCAUUUGGAAACCGAGAUAAAAUGGCUCAAAGAAACAGACGAUCGUAUACAAAAUCGGCAAUGAAAGGGCUUGACACAGACUUGAGCUACGACAAGGGACGCGUUCAAUUAGACGUACCAAGACGCAUGAAAAAUGCUUUGAAACGAAGUGAAAGUGUAGGCGGAUAUCUUUUCAACGGAACGGAUACAGUAAAACGAAAACGAUAUGGGGGAGAUAGCAGGCAAAGCAGUCCUAGCCCCGUUGCGUACAGGAUUAAAGGAGACCAAGCUCAUUCCGCCAGAGACAAUUUUGAAAGCGACACAAAUUCUGACCACGAUGAUUUUUCUUCCCAUUACAGUACUCUGGACCAAGGGGAAAGAAUACCUAGCAGAGUCGGUUUCUACGACCCACAUGGAAAGGAAUUUUCGGAACAGAACGGAACAAUUAUUUACAAGGGCCAGACUAAUUUAGACUAUUUGUCCGAUGUCUCUAUUCCCCAGCCUGAUGAAAGAAUGAAGAAAUACACCCGACCUUAUGCGAACAGUGGUAACCAUGGUGCAACACGCAUGUAAUCAGACCAGUGGACUUACUUCUUUUACAGCUGACAAUUUCAUACCGUACGUCUCAAGUAAUUUAUUAUACUUCUUCUAUUUAUGCAAUUGAAGAAUUAGAUUAAAUGCAUUUUGUCGUGAAAUUCGGAUGUAUAGAAAUACUAUGCUCGGCUGUUUCAUAAAUGGAGAAUUAUAACCACUGACUAGAUGGUCCACUGUUAUGCGAACAGUAAAUGGAAAUUUCACAAAAUCUGUGAAUUUAUUUGACAUACAUGUUAUGAUGCCUUGUAAAACCCCAACUGAAAUGUAUUUAUUUAUUUAUUUUUUUGUAUGUUGACUACAA